UCACCCAAAAAUGAAAAUGCUCUCAUCGUUUACUCAAUUCACCCUUAGUGCCAUACCAAAUGUGUAUGACUUUCUUCUGCUAAAACAUGCUGCCUUUAUGUGCUUUUUGGACCUUCAAAGUUCUGGCCACAAUUCACUUGCAUUGGAUGGACCUACAGAGCCGAGAUAGUCUAGAAAUCUUACUUAGUGUUCAGCAGAAGAAAAGAAGUCAUACACAUCUGGGAUAGCACGAGGGUUGUAAAUGAUGAGAGAAUUUUCAUUUUUGGGUGAACUAUCCCUUUAAUGCCCAAAAGUUUGUUUUUAUGUAGAACCUAUUGGCGAAAAAAAGACUUGGGUCAAAUUUAGGCCCUAAUGUACUUUUUUUUUUUUUUUUUUUUGUAAGUAUGUUUUAAAUAAUACUAUCGAAGACAUUCAUAGGAUUUGGCCUACUGCGAGCAACAACUAUAAUUUAUAGGCUAUAAAGGGCAAUGUUUUUUUGCAUUUAUGGUACCACACAAAAGCAAUGACAUUGUCGGAGACAGCUGCUUGUGGUAAAUUGCAUUAUCAUGAAGUGUUGCGUGUUUUGUUUCUCCUGUCUACCGUAUAGAAUAGUAUUUCGUGUAUUAAUUGCCUGAAAUUUUAUUACAGCGCUCCGUAUUGCCACAUAGCCACUAGAAUUGGCAUAAAUACCCCUGCACUGCGGUGACUGACAUGAUAAUGAAGAUUUCAAGAGAGUCCUUUCUCGUGCGCUAGGUGGCACUUGUUGCGUUCCAAACCAUCUGUGAGCCUGUGUUGCAGCAGAAUGAGACUCCGUGAAAACUAACGGGGCAGUUUUCUAGCUACAACGUUUGGUCUGACGUGACUUAUUAACAUUCCGUCUGUUAUAUAGAAAUUCAUAUGUUCCAUUAGCGUGUGGUUGGAAGGUAAUAUGCCUUCUGUAUUUGAGGAGAAACACGGGUAAAGCAGGUGUUGUACACAAAAGGCACACCAAGGGCCCGUUCACACCGAACACGUUUUAGUUUGUGUUUUUCCAAUUGAUUUCCUAAUGUAAACAUGCGCUAGACUUAGUCUUUUGACUGUUGCGCAGCGUUUCGUUGUUUUUUACCGUCUCGUGCAGGAGCGCCAUCGUGUCAAAUUGUGUCAGAACUUCAACUUUUGAUAAACGCGUUCUGUUAUAGCCUAAUUGUCGCUUCUUCUUUUCUUUGUUUUUAGCGCAGUAACGCGUUCUAUUCGGUUUGAACGGCCCCUAAGCGAAUGCGCAUACAAAACAGAGCUAUAAUACGUGUAAUGUUUUUGACUAAAGUUAAAACAAUCUUUUUCCCUUUGUGUUUUUGUCCAGAUAUUUUUUGUGGUUGUGUGUUAUUUUAUGUUGUCUUUCUAGGCAUUUUUGACAUUUCCAGAAGGGUCCCGCCUCUGUUUAUAACGCAUCGCGCACCCGUUCAGCGCGCGCUCCUGCAGCAGAGCGCAGAAAGUGAGACAGAAGCGAAGAAGACUUCACUGGGGCACUUUACCUGCUUCAAAGGGCUAUUGGGGCCAUGAACACGCUCCCUGAAAAAGGAUGACAUCUGAAUGUCAGUCUUCGGAUGUUUUGCAGCGAAACCUCUCUGUUGGAACCAUGAUGCUGGAGUCUAACGUCUCCAGAUCUGUACAGGACAGCACCGGCAAAAGUGGCGGUUGUGGAUCCGUGUCCGUGGUUUUUCCCAUCACUAUGAUGGUCACCGGAAUGGUCGGGAACUCCUUUGCUAUGCUGCUCGUUUAUAAUGCGUACAGAAGAAAGGAAAAUAAAAGAAAGCAAUCCUUUCUGCUUUGCAUCGGGUCUUUGGCGUUAGCUGACCUUUUCGGCCAACUGCUCACAAGCCCUAUAGUCAUUUCGGUCUACAGAGCAGGUCUGAAAUGGGACAGAGUGGACUCGUCGGGAACCCUUUGCGCCUUCUUUGGGGUGUGUAUGACCACUUUUGGGUUGUGUUCUCUCUUUCUAGCCAGUGCCAUGGCCAUUGAGAGGGCCUUAGCCAUCACUGCUCCUCACUGGUACUCAAAUUACAUGAAAACAAACGUGACCAAGCAGGUUCUGGUCAUUAUCUGGUGUCUGGUUUUGCUCUUUGCCUUAUUGCCUGUUGCUGGGGUUGGGAAAUACACUUUGCAGUGGCCAGGCACUUGGUGCUUCAUAAGUACUGGGGACAAGGACGUAACGGGAAAUACGUUUUUUGCCACUACUUUUGCUCUGUUGGGGAUAUUUUCUUUGCUUGUCACAUUGUCCUGUAAUGUUGUGACCAUCCGUGCAUUGGUUACACGUUGCAAAACGAAGUCAAACUCGACCCAGUCAUCCAAGCAAUGGGAGAGAUUAACGACAGAGACUGUUAUUCAACUGAUGGGCAUUAUGUGUGUUUUGUUGACAUGUUGGUCACCUCUACUGGUCCUUAUGUUGAAAAUGAUCUCGACUCACACGUCCUCACAUUACUGCAAGUCUGCUGGUUUACCUCUCCCAUCCAGCCAGGACAUGCCAAUGGACUGCAACUUCUUUCUCACAGCCAUUCGUCUGGCUUCACUUAAUCAGAUUCUAGAUCCAUGGGUUUACCUGCUUCUGAGGGAGAUUCUCCUAAGGAAGUUCUGCCAGGUGGCCAGUGCAGUAUCCAAGUGCUCAUUGGAGGGGCCGAAGGAAGCUCAUUGCCCUAUGGGUGCCCUAAAUAAAAAGGCCAUUCAGAAUGACAACGUUCAGAAACAGUGCCCGAACGUGGAGAACAGCAACUUAAAUGGAGAAAAUGAGGGACAGUGAUAAUAAUUUACACUGCCUAAAAAACAGGUUCAGUUGUUCAGUUGACAUAAUCAUCCAAAGUCCGAAAAAUAAUGAUCUGGAAAUCUGUGAAUUGUUAUAUUUGUGAAUGUAUGGUGAAGUCAGCAUGCUACCAUGCAAACGCCUCAGUCUUUCUGGUGUAGCCAACCUGUUACAGUCAAUACAUUCAAAGGGAUUUUGUACAUGGUUACUCAAUUAGAAUCCUUUGAAGUGAAACAAAAUGGCUCCAAGUCAUAUAUCCUGCCAAUACUGAACAGCAAUAUUAGUAAAUGAGGUUUGAUUAAAUCAGAAAUUGAUGUUUGCCAGCUCCAAUGGAGACUGAUUGUUUUAAACUACAGUCAUAGGGGUGAUAAUGUUGGUAUGAUAUAGAAAAACCUACGUAGUUAAUCACAAGCCAACAACAAGAAAAGAGAAGGAACGUUUCUUGAUGAUAAUUUAUGGUCUGUUAAAUGUCAGAGUGGUUUAAUUUGCACUUGCAGUAAAGCACUGAGUGGUCUCAAAUUCCCUUUUCCAAACCACUGCUGUGUACAUUCAGCUGAAGAGCUCAUGGCUCGCUUUAGAGACUAAACUCUAAACAUGUAUUUAUUUAUUUAUUUUUUAAUGCACUUCUCAAUGUUAAGUCUGCAAAGCAUUUUUAGGGGCUGAUUACUAUGCUUAAUUGUUUGAAUUCUUUGCUUGAGUUUUUGGAGCUGAAUUCCUGAGUUAAUACAACAAUGAAUGGCUCUAAUGUAACAUUUUGGUAAAAGGAUUUCUGACAUUGGAACAGCUCCUUUCAGGAUGCCAAUUUUAAUAGCCAAUUCUCAUUUCUAGCCACACUUUGACACACCAGAAUUCAUUUUUAAAUUGUAAAGUGCCUCAAGGUACUGCAUUUUUGUAUUUGCAGUAUUUUUGAUAGUAUAAGCGGUUUGAAUCAUAAACCCAAGGCCUCUAAAAGUCAAAUGGAAAGCAAUUUCGUCUUAUCGAGAUUAUAAGACAUUUAUGGAAGUUGCUUUUUUCACAAUAAUUGUUGUCAGGAGGUCAUUAAAGCUUUUGUUAUGUCAAAUCCAAUUAAUGGUAAAUUAUGUAAUAUUUAAAGUAGUUUUACUUUGCAAAAAAUAUUUAAUGAGCGCUUUUACUGGUGCAGAUGUUUCUUAUUACUCCUGCUGAAAAUGAUUGUUCUUGAAGCAAAAGGUCUAAUUUUUGUUUGGUACAUUUUACUGAAAGGUGCUGUAAGCGAUUUUAGCUGUACUGGAACUUCCAGAGAGCUGUUGAAUUAGACAUGCCUCUUCUUCCAAAAGACCACCCUCCAGAGAUACCAUUGAGACCAUCACCUUCUCACAGUUGUCAAACACAUCAGUAGCAAAAUAGUGCCCUCAGUUGACCACUGAUAUGAAUCUGAAUAUGACUUUUAACCUAAUUAAACUGCUACAACUAGUACACUAUGAGAACGUUAAAAAUUGACAGGCAGAAAGCACAUCACAGUCUCCUGAUUGGCUAGUCAGAGAAGGUGUCCGUGGCAAAUUUAUUUGACUGUUUGCACCAUGUAGUGUUGUCACAGAGACCGGUGAGAUAUCUCAGAACAUCUAUUUCAUGGAAAUCUUUCAGGGAGAAGUAACAUUUUCUGCAUACCAUUCCAUAAAAGAAUUGAUUACAGCACCUUUAAUUGGACAUGCAUAAAUUAUCACCAAGGAUGCUGCGGUUGAAGCUGUGGGCCGAUAUUUAAUUGGGCCAGCUGUAAUUAUACAUCUUAUUAAAUGUGACUAAACAUUAUCUUAGCAUAUUAUAUAUGGUCGCACUGUGCAUUUGUUUAUUGGUGAAGAGAGGGCCCUUAGAUCAUCGUGCUAAAUAGCACUUUAUAUUAAUUGCAGUGAAUAACAGUGAUUAAAUGAGCAACAUACACUCACUAAGCACUUUAUUAGGAACACUACGGUCCUAAUAAUAUACCCGAUGUGGUCUUUUGCUGUUAUAGCCCACCUGCCGCAUGGUGCGACGUGGUGUGCAUUCAGAGAUGCUAUUCUGCUCACUACAGUUGUACAGAGUGGUUAUCUGAGAAAUCGUAGCCUUUCUGUCAGCUCGAACCAAUUUGGCCAUUCUCCGUUGACCUCUCGCAUCAACAAGGUGUUUCCAUCCGCAGAACUGCUGCUCACUGGAUGUUUUUUGGCACCAUUCCGAGUAAACUCUAGAGAAUGUUGUGCGUGAAAAUCCCAGGAGAUCAGCAAUUACAGAAAUACUCAAACCAGUUGGCACCAACAAUCAUGGCAUGGUCCAAAUCACUGAGAUCACAUCCCCCCCCCCAUUAUGAUGGUUGAUGAGAACAUUAACUUAAGCUCUUGACCCGGAUCUGCCUGAUUUUAUGUAUUGUCCUGCUGCCACAUGAUUGGCUGAUUAGAUAAUCGCAUGAAUAAUAGGUGUACAGGUGUUCCUAAUAAAGUGCUUAGUGAGUGUACUAUAUGAUAUCAGAAAGGUAGAUUGACAGGGAUCUAACAUGUUUCAUCCAAAUGCAUAUUUUAAACCUUUAUUCAAAGGAAUAUUUGGCCAGAAAUGUUUUACAUGAAAGAUAUACUUUUUAUUUUUUUACUAGACCACAGGAUAAUUUAAAAUGUAUAAAACUCAGGGGGCCUGGGUAGCUCAGCGAGUAUUGACGCUGACUGUCACCCCUGGAGCCACGAGUUCGAAUCCAGGGUGUGCAGAGUGACUCCAGCCAGGUCUCCUAAGCACCCAAAUUGGCCUGGUUGCUAGGGAGGGUAGAGUCACAUGGGGUAAUCUCCUUGUGGUUGCUAUAAUGUGGUUCUCGCUCUCGGUGGGGCACAUGGUGAGUUGUCUGUGGAUACUGCAGAGAAUAGUAUUGAGCCUCCACUCAACAAGCCACGUGAUAAGAUGCGUGGAUUGACAGUCUCUGAUGCGGAGGCAUCUGAGAUUCGUUCUCCACCAUCCAGAUUGAGGCGAGUCACUACGCCACCACGAGGACUUACAGCGCAUUGGGAAUUGGGCAUUCCAAAUUGGGGAGAAAAGAGGAGGAAAAAAAAUGGCCUAACAAAAUAUAAUAAAACAAAUAAGAAAAACUCCUCUAUACCCAGCUCUUUGAAACCUGUUGAACUCUCUUUCAGGACACUGAAAAUGUUCUUACCAGUGACUUCACACUAUGGCAAAUAAAAGAUAAAUGAGCAAGGAAUAUGCCCAAGCAGUGUUUGGAAAAGAGGUAGAGGCAAUGUAUUGUAUUUUCUUAGAGGUCAAAGCUCUAUAAAAUUGGUUGAUGUGAAAAGGUGGUGUUUGCAGGAAAUACAAACAUGAAAAUUUCAUUUAGGGGGUAAUAAAUUGCCUGUUUUAUACUUCCACCAAAAAGGGCUAACAUCAGAGGAAACCCUAGAAUGAGAAUUCUGAUUGCACAGGAAAUGUUAAUUGCAAAAGUAAAUGGUUUUCUGGGGAAAACAGAAUAUUUUUUGCAAAUUUGAGAUAAAUUAAAAUGAAGAUGGCCCUAAUGAGUCAGACAUGCAAAAAAAAAAAAGAAAUAAUGAAAAUAACGUGUGCUAGAGCUCAAGUUGCACUGUAAGAUACCUUGUCAUGCUUGACUUGCUGAUGUCCGCUUGGGUAGCUGCUUACACUGUGAACAAAACAAUGGAAAGUAGGAUAAUUGCAUAAUAUUUUAUUGCAAAAUUAGUAGUCCUGAUGUAUCCAUGAGCACAAACCCAGCCUGCUUUCAGCACGUCCAUGCAUGGAGCUAAUAAAAAAGGUCUGUCUUGUGACCAUUCAGUGCUUUCUAUGUACUGUAUGAAUGUGACUGUGAUUGUUUCCUAAAUUCUUAUCAAAUCUACUCCAACAGCUGUUCAGGACAUUGUAUUUAUGUUUCUUUCAUAUAGAAAUGUUUAUAAUUCCAAUGGGUGACAUAAUGGUAUUGAAGUCAAGACAGAAAGUCAGCUAAUUCAAAACAAACCUGCAUUUUUUUCAAGCCAUUGUUGUUGUUUCAAAGGUCCAUACCUACGUUAAAGAGCAUGUUCAUACAAGUGGAACUACAUGACAUGGACAAAGCUGAUUAAUUGAUUAAGAUUAACCACUGAUUUGUCUCUAAUUCAUAAUUUAUUGUAUAUGUGCAUGCAAUAAGAGCCGUCAGGUAAUGCUUGCAUGAAAAGCCACCAGCAAAUCAUAUUUUGGAUCAUAUCCACCAGUGAAUGUCUUAUAGGGAUAGUUCACCCAAAAAUUAAAAUUCUGUCAUCAUUUACUCACCCUCAUGCUGUAAAAACCCUCCAUAGAACACAUUUCUGUUAGGCGCUAACUGCCUCAGUCACCAUUCACUUUCAAUGUAUGGACAAAAGAUGUUAUGAAAGUGAAUGGUAACUAAGGCUAACAUUCUGCCUAACAUCUUUAUGUUUCAUGGAAGAAAGAAAGUCAAAACUGGAACAACAUAAGUGUGAGUAAAUAAUGACAGAAUCAUAUUUGGGUGAACUAUCCCUUUAAUGCCAGAUGCCAAAUAAAAAAUGCCACAAUGUGGCAAGCCGGCAUUGUAAACUUCAGGGUCUUAUGAAUGUAUUAUGAGUUUUACAUUUAUUUAUGUUGCAAGACCAUAUGUCAGCUACAGUAAGCUCCUGGACUCGAUUCACGGUCAAGGCUGUCAUUAUGCUUGUAUCAACAGAUGGUCGUGGCUUUGCUUGUGUGUUUUUGAUAAGAAAUGUUUGCAAAUGCUUGCGACUGUUUGACAUGUCUGCUAACUGCACUGACCAGCAAUGUGCUUGUCAUGUAAUGGUGCUUCUAAAGUGUAUCAUUAUUUGAUGCUGUGUUGUCCAUCCACUAGGAUGGACUGUGUUUCGUGUCAUUAUGAUAAUUUGAUUGGGGAGGGGGUUGGGGUACACUAAAGUGCUUCAGUUAUUGUAAGCACCCCCAUCCACAUUUUGCACAAUAAUCAUUGGUGGUUUGAGGCGGUUACCAGUUUCCCCUAAAUUGUGUUAUUGAGGGUUUAUUUCGAUUGAUUUUUCAAAUUCAUUGUGACAAGGGAAAAGUUGUGUGUAUAAUUUCUUGCUUAUGACAGUGUUAAAAUAAUUGUAUUCUUAUGAUGUAACCUGUCACUGAUACCAAUCUCUCAUUGCUAAUUGAUAUUGUAUAUGAGAUGGCUGUCUCAUUUUGGAUCCAUCUAUACACCAAUCAGCCACAACAUUAAAACCACCUGCCUAAUAUUGUGUCGAUCCCCCCUCGUGCCGCCGAAUCAGUGCCAACCCGCAUCUCAGAAUAGCAUUCUGAGAUGCUAUUCUUCUCACCACAAUUGUACAGAGCGGUUACCUGAGUUAUCAAAAACUUUGUCAGUUCAAACCAGUCUAGCCUUUCUCUGUUGACCUCUCUCAUCAACAAGGCAUUUCUGGCCACAGAACUGCUGCUCACUGGAUGUUUUUUGUUUUUGGCACCAUUUGGAGUAAAUUCUAGAGACUGUUGUGAAAAUCCCAGGAGAUCAUUAGUUACAGAAAUACUCAAACCAGCCCAUCUGGCACCAACGAUCCAUGCGAUUAUCUAAUCAGCCAGUCGUGUGGCAGCAGUGCAUAAAUCAAGCAGAUAUGGGUCAGGAGCUUCAGUUAAUGUUCCCAUCAACCAUCAGAAUGGGGGGAAAAAAUUUGAUCUUAGUGAUUUGGACUGUGGCAUGUUUGUUGGUGCCAGACAGGCUGGCACUGUAUACACAAUAUUAGGCAGGUGGUUUUAAUAUUGUGGCUGAUCGGUGUAUAUUAACAUGGAAAUACAUUGUCUCUAGUAUGUACAAAUUGCCAGGCAAAAUAAAAACAUUGAAAAUGUGGGAUUACUCA